AUGCCAACCAAGAUGGCCGCUGCGGACUUCGAGUUCGGUCCGCCGCUUGGCACUGGAGCGUUUAGCAAAGUGGUCAUUGGCUUGUACAAGCCAACACACGUCCGGUAUGCGGUAAAGUUCAUUUCGAAACGGUCCAUUCUUGACGCCCCAACGGAUGAAGAGCGCACACGCAUGGCUGAGGUGGCUCGGCGCGAAACGAGAAUGCUGCUCAUGUGUGAGCACCCCAACAUCGUCAAGUUUCACGCCUCAAUGCAGACGACGGAGGAUUUGCUGUAUGUGACAGAGCUGUGUGAAGGAGGAGAACUGCUAAAGCACAUUGAAAGGUGGGGGCACAUCCCUCUCGAGGCGGCACGCCACGCCAUUGCCGAGUUGUUCUCCGCCGUCUUUUACCUUCACUACGGCGAGAAGAGCACCUCUGGCUCAAACGAACCGGUCAUGAAGCCACUAACAGUGAUACACCGCGACAUCAAGCCGGAAAACAUAAUGCUCAGCUCUGACAAGCAUCUCCGCCUCAUAGACUUUGGCACAGCCGUCGUGUGCGGGUCCGCGACCGACAAGGCAGCAGAUGAGGAAGCUAGCAACGGUCGAGCCCAGACCUUCUGCGGAACCACCUAUUACAUGUCGCCCGAGUUAUUAGCGAGCAGCUAUACGUGUUGCGCGUCUGACUACUGGGGCUGCGGAUGCGUGCUGUACUUGAUGCUCGUAGGCCGGCGUCCUUUUGACGCGUCGACGCAGUACUUGCUUAUCAAGACUAUCCUUGAAAAGGAGCCAGAGUUUCCUGACGGCAUGGACCCAGACGCAAAAGACCUGAUUCGAAAGCUACUGGUGAAAGACCCGAAGGCGCGUAUUGGCAUGAAGGAGAUCAAGCGUCACCCGUUCCUGGCAUCUGUCAACCUCUCCACCGUCGCGGGCCAAAAUGUUGCUGAUUUUUGGCUUCGUGAGACACCAUGGGUAGACGAGGCGAGCAUCUCGGUGUGCAUGGCGUGCCAACGGCCGUUUGGACUCCUGCGUGGCAAGCAGUUCUGUCACAGCUGCGGACAUAUCACGUGCAACACUUGCGUCAGAGACCUCCGGGUUAUUCCUGAAUCUCGGUGGAAAGCACCUCAGCACGUGUGCAGAUCUUGUGCCGGGAGAUUGGACGGCGUGACUGCGUCGUAG